AUGGGUUCUGAAUCUUUGUAUGUCACUCUCGGCGCUGCCAUUGUAGUGGUAUUCGUGAUCAGCAGACUCGUCAAGCAUGCAGGUCGACCUCCUCUGCCGCCUGGUCCAAAGGGGCUUCCUCUUGUGGGAAACUUGAAUGACUUGCCCAAACCUGGGGAAUUUGAGGCUCACCAUUGGUUCAAACACAAAAAUCAAUACGGCCCCAUCAGCUCUGUUAGGAUUCUUGGGCAGACUCUUGUGAUUAUCAACGAUUUGAACCUCGCAUUAGAGCUUCUAGAAAGACGGUCUGUGAAACAUUCCUCGCGGCCGAGGCAGGUAUUUUCCGCCGAGCUGAUUGGCUGGGCAAAUACUCUCGCGUUUUUACAAUGCAAUGACCAAUUCCGCAAUUACCGCAAAAAUAUGAGUCGGGUCAUUGGAUCCAAGGCAGCAGCAGCCCAGUUUGACGGGUUACAAGAGGCUGAAGUUGGUCACUUUUUACUGCAUGUGCUUGAUAACCCCGAUGGUCUCUUGGAUCAUAUUAGAAAAGAAGCAGGAUCUGUUAUUCUGAAGAUUGCCUACGAUUACAAUGCGGAACCAUUCAAGAAUGAUUAUCUUAUUGACAAAGCUGGGCAAGCAAUGGAUGAGUUUACCCGUGCCGCUGUUCCUGGAGCUUUUCUCGUUGAUACCUUCCCGCUUUUACAAUAUGUUCCUGAUUGGUUUCCUGGAACCGGCUGGAAGCAGGUCGCCAAACAGUUUGGAGAAACCGUGAAAAGCAUUUCGAACAAGCCCUACGCUUUCGUAAAGCAUCAGGUUGCUCAAGGAAAAGACACCUCAUCGUUUGUUUCUCGUAUAAUUGGCGACGGAAAUGUUACCCCCGAGGAAGAGUUCACUGCUCGAUGGUCGGCAUUGUCAUUGUACACAGGAGGGGCGGAUACGACAGUUUCCUCACUCGGUUGCUUCUUUCUAGCAAUGACGAUGUUUCCUGAAGUUCAAAGAAAGGCGCAGGACGAAAUCGAUCGAGUAGUUGGCGGCAACCGCCUUCCAAAUGCUUCUGAUCGUCCAAAUCUUCCAUAUGCGAAUGCUAUCGUGAAGGAGGUCCUCCGAUGGCAACCUGUGGCUCCGAUGGGUCUUCCUCACACAAGUUCAGAAGAUGACGUGAUUGAGGGAUACUUCAUCCCUAAAGAAGCUCUGAUCAUGCCCAACAUUUGGCACUUUACUCACGAUCCAGAAGUUUACGAAGACCCCGAAGAGUUUCGCCCUGAACGAUUCUUGGGUAGCGAUGACGGUGACUCGGCAACCGACCCUCACAAAUUUGUCUUUGGAUUUGGUCGUCGCUUGUGUCCCGGACGCAUCCUCGCAGACAACGCCUUGUUUGUCAACGUUGCUCAAUCCCUCGCUGUUUUUAACAUCAACAAGCGUGUUGUUGAUGGAAGAACAAUUGAGCCAAAAGUGAAGAUGACUCCUGGUAUUGUAAGCCAUCCGGAACCUUUCGACACUUCUAUCAAGCCUAGGUCGCCACACCAUGAGCAGCUUAUACGCUCAAUUGAGAAAACCUAUCCAUGGAAAGAGAGCGAUGCGAAGAUUCUUGAGGAAAUGGAUCUUUAA